UAAAUCACGGAAGUAAACAUAAAUGGGGAGAGUCGCACAUGUAGUCGGCACUAUUUGCCACAAUGGCGAAGACGACAGGAUGUCCUCCCGGUCGUGGCGGUAAUUCAACCAUAUUACUUUUACUUAUUUUAUCCUGGAUAUCAAUGUGUUCGUGUCACCCGCAGUGUCUCGACUCAAGGCCUCCAUUUGAACCCGGCAGCAGGCUAGGGUUUUGUCCAGAGUACACCGAUUUUGGAUGUUGUACACCGGCUCAGGACAAAGAAUUGGGGGAUUUUUAUAAACAGGUUGUUCAAAAAUUAAACAACAAUGGUUUGGGCGCGUGUGUUGACUUUGCAAAGCAGAUUCUCUGUCAAAAGUGCUCACCCUAUGCAGCUCAUUUGUAUGAUGCAGAAACUAAACUAAUACCUCGUUCUAUGCCCGGCAUGUGCACCAGUUAUUGCCAGCAGUUUUACUCGAAAUGCCGAGACUCGGUCAAGUAUUUAACGAGCGACAAGGAAGUUUUAGCCACGCUAGACAGUGCCAAUAACUUUUGCAAUAAAAUGAGUCUUUUUGAUGUAGACUACUGCUAUCCGGACCUUCUCACAAACUCUGUACUUAAUUCAGAUAUUGUGAGUGCUUUCAGAAAUGAAGAAGACUGCUUGUGUCUGGAAGAGAUCGCUGGAGGACUAGGCAACCCCCUAUUGGCACGAUCACCCAUGGACGGAACAAAAAGACUCUUUGUAGCAGAACAAAAGGGGCUUGUCCAUAUAUACUUCACCAACAAAUCAAGAUUGGCUGAACCUUUUCUGGAUAUAAAGGACAAAGUUUUGACUUCUUCACGGCUUGGGGAUGAAAGGGGAUUCCUUGGUUUGGCCUUCCAUCCAAGUUUCAGUGUCAAUCGAAAAUUUUACAUAUAUUACUCUGUUCUGAAAAGUCGCAACCAGUAUGUUCGAAUAAGUGAAAUGCAAGCCUCUCUUUCUGACAUGAACAAGGCGGAUAGAGAAACUGAAAGAAUACUUUUGGAAAUACAGGAACCUUAUAGUAAUCAUAAUGGGGGCGAGAUGUUGUUUGGAGAUGAUGGUUAUCUGUACCUCUUUGUUGGUGAUGGAGGGUCACAAGGAGAUCCACAGAACAAUGGACAACGCAAAGACACCCUUUUGGGCAAGGUGCUUCGAAUUGAUGUGGAUUCCACCACUGGGGGCCUUCCAUAUGGUAUUCCAGUAGACAACCCCUUUGUGAGUGAGGCGGGAGCUCGACCAGAAAUAUAUGCCUAUGGCAUACGUAAUAUCUGGAGAUGUGGCAAAGACAGAGGGGAUGACAAAGGUUAUGGCAAAGGCCGAAUCAUCUGUGGUGAUGUUGGGCAAUCUGCAUACGAAGAGAUUGACCUUAUUGAAAAAGGAGGCAAUUACGGCUGGAAUGGAAGAGAGGGCUUUGAAUGUUAUAAACAAGACAAAUGUGGAAAAAUGGGACCAGAAGUUCUUCCCAUCCAUGCAUACAGCCACAGUGUUGGCAAAUCUGUCACUGGUGGCCAUGUUUACCGAGGAUGCAUGAAUCCCAACCUACAGGGGGCGUACGUGUAUGGGGAUUUUAUGAACGGGAAAAUAUUCAAAUUAGAAGAAGACCGUGGAACAAAUCAAUGGAGGAACAAGCAAAUUUUUAUGUGUGGCCCUGACAAAUGUCUGAAUGGCCUUGUCAGCACUUACCCCAAGUAUAUCAUCUCCUUUGGUGAAGAUGAAAUUGGUGAGAUGUACAUGUUGUCCACCAACUUUGCCAGCACAACUGUACAAAAUGGGAAGCUGUUCAGGAUAGUAGACCCUGGCAGGCGAGGAAAUCCAGAAAAAUGUGAGUCUUCCAGAGAGUAUACAGCAGGAUCUGUAAAACUGACACCAGAUGUCACCUUUGCUUCUAAUGUUCCAAGACAAGAAGGGAACAUAACAGUUCCUCCUCAGGAAGAAACAACUGAACCAACAACAAUAACUUCCACUUUGCUGUCAAAAGAGGGAACAACUCCAAAAGUUACUAGCACAACAGUUAAAAAGAAAAAGCCAGCUGUUAAUUCGGCAUCUAGUCCUGGGGUCAAAAUAUCCUUAUUGGUGCUGAUGGUCCAAAUAUCCAGAAUGAUCUUUAUCUGUAUAUGAAAGCAAGCUGCUUAAGUUGUAUAUUUUUAAUAGCUGUUAUAGUAAUUUGAUCGGAAUUUCGGUGGGACUAUAUACAAGCUGAAGAAUAAAUUUGUGCAUUUUUAUAUAUCCAGAGAGCUACAAAAAUGGUAAUCUCAAUUUUUUUGUGUAAUAUUUGUGCAUUAGCUGUACAAAGCAACCUUGGUGCUAUAUGUAAAGUACAUAUUGAAUGCAUAUCAUUAAAGAAGUAACAAUUUAAAAUAUAUACAUAAAUUUUUAUGCAAUUUUGAAAUGCAACAAAAUGGUAUUUAUUUUAAUGAAGAGUAGUUUGUAACUAUUGUUUUUUUAACAAAUAAGAUGUAUCAAUCUGAAAAAAAUAUUAUUUGUAGAAUCUUACAAUCUUAUCUUUUAUUAAAUGUUUGGCAACUGAUAUUUAAAGUUUCUUCUAUUAUUAAUAUUAUAUGGAUGUUCUAAAUUUGUGAUGCAAAUAUAUAUGUAUUAAUGGUAACUGGGACUAAAUAAAUGAGAGUCAAAUAGGAUAA